UUUCAGGGCCUAGCUCAUGCGGAAAGUGAACGUCUUAGCCUCGGUCUUCGGGGUCUUUUGCCUGCUGCUGUUCGGCCUGUAAGUCUACAAGUGGAAGCCGUCUUAGACAAUCUGAGCCGCUAUGGAGACGAUCUCAGCCGUUAUCUUUUUCUCAGGGAAUUGCAAGAUACCAAUGAACGUUUAUUUUACCGGGUGCUCUGCGAGCACACUGAAGAAUUGAUGCCUUUUGUUUACACUCCAGUAGUAGGUCAGGCUUGUCAAGAAUACAGCAAGAUUUUUCGCAGACCCAGAGGCCUUUUUAUUACUAUUAAUGACUUGGGUCAUAUUUCUGAAAUCCUUGGCAACUGGCCAGAAGAAAAUGUGAAGGCUAUCGUCGUGACGGACGGUGAGCGAAUUUUGGGCCUGGGUGACUUGGGAGCCAACGGAAUGGGAAUUCCAGUUGGGAAAAUGGCUUUGUACACUGCUUUGGCUGGAAUUCCGCCAUCGGCCCUGCUUCCUGUCACGCUGGACGUCGGAACUAAUAACGAGGCUUUGCUUGCGGACCCACUUUACAUUGGAUUAAAGCAGAAAAGAGUGAAUGGAGAGAAAUAUGAUGAACUGAUAGAUGAGUUCAUGAAAGCUGUAGUUAAAAGGUACGGAAGAUCUUGUUUAAUCCAAUUCGAAGAUUUUGGCAAUCAAAAUGCUUUUCGUUUAUUGGAAAAAUACAAUGAUGAUUACUGCACGUUCAAUGAUGAUAUACAAGGUACAGCGUCCGUGGCUGUGGCUGGUAUCUUGGCCAGUGUGAAAAUAACAGGCACGAAAGUAUCCGAGCACACCUUUCUAUUCUAUGGAGCUGGAGAGGCAGCUCUGGGUAUAGCCGACUUGCUGGUUAUGGAAAUGGAGGAAGAAGGUCUAACUAAGGAAGAUGCAGCAGCAAGAAUAUGGAUGUUCGAUUCGAGAGGACUCGUAGUGAAAGAUCGAGACCCGUCCUCUCUAAACGGACAUAAAGUGCUGUAUGCAAAAGACCAUGCUGCCACCAAGGAUUUAGAAGCAAUGAUGGACCAUAUUAAACCUUCCGUACUUAUAGGUGCUUCUGCACAACCUUCAGUAUUCACAGAAAAGGUGCUUCGAUCGAUGUUAAGUACAUGUGACCGUCCUAUAGUUUUUGCGCUGAGCAAUCCAACAGACAAGGCCGAAUGUACUGCAGAAGAAGCUUACACUUACACUAAUGGUAAGUGCAUUUUUGCCAGUGGUAGCCCAUUCCCUGCUGUCACUGUAAAUGGUCAGACGUUCCAUCCGGGCCAAGGCAACAAUGCUUACAUUUUUCCAGGUGUCUCCCUCGCCUUAAUUGCUUGUGGUGCUCGGUCUGUGGGUGACCGCGUCUUCCUAGUAGCAGCCAAGGCUCUGGCGGAUCAAGUGACCAAAGAAAAUAUGGCGGAAGGUCGCGUCUAUCCUCCUUUAGAUACAAUUCGCAAAGUGUCCCUGACCAUUGCGGCCAAAGUAGCCCGCUUCCUGUUCCAAGAAGGCCUUGCUACUUAUAAACCCGAACCUCCCGAUUUGGAGACAUUCCUGGCGUCGAAACAAUACAGCUAUGAAUAUGAAGCUUAAAACUAAAUGUGAUGUAAACAUUUGCAAUUAUAUAUGUUUAUUAAAGUGUGUGUUGUUAUAUAAAAAGAGAAUAAAUAUUACAAUCUAUGUUUA